AUGCGCCGAAGCAUCUUGAGCGCGCGGCCGUCGCGCGCUGUUUACCACGCAUUGGGCAACCAGCAGCCGCGUCGCACCUUUGCCGCCCCGCCUAUCAAGGACAACACCCCGCCGACCCCCAUUGAGCCCUCCCAAGAGCAGGCACACCCAGUCGGGCCGUUCUACGAGGCCAUCCUCCGGACCCCGAACCCGCUCGCGAAGGAGAAGCCCGAAGAGCCCCCCGUCACAUCCCAGCGAUCGUCCAAGCCGGCUCCCAAGUCAGCUGUUCCCGAGCCCGAGAAGCCCCAACCCAAGGCCGAGCCGGCGAAGCCCGCAGCCUCAGAGGAAAAGAAGGCGGCCGCACCAGCCAAGGCAGCGCCUCAAGCGCAAGAAGAGGCGGCAGAAGACAAGAAGACCCCUACCAAGCGCACGCGCAAAGCCCCCAGCAGCACCAAGGCCAAGUCGGUUCCUCCUCCUCCCACUCCUUCGUCCUCUUCUUCCCCAACCCCCUCCACCCCUUCAUCAUCCAUAUCACCUUCCCAAACACCAUCACCAACACCACCCCCUGGCCCGACCAUCCUCCCACAAUCACCAUCAUCCGCACCCUCCCAGUCCGAGCGCACGCCAGAAGAAACAACCCAAGAAAAAGAACAAAACUCAGAAUCAGACCCGACAUCUAACACCACCCCUCAGGCCCGCGCCCGCAUCGUCUUCGGCGCCAGCCUAGCCGGCCCCCGCGAGCGCGCCGAGCGCCUAGCCCGCCUACGCACCGAGACCCGCGUCGUCGCCGGCGUGCGUGUCCCCCCGCGCCCAGAGGAGCCUGACAACUGCUGCAUGAGCGGCUGCGUCAACUGUGUCUGGGACCGGUACCGCGACGAGAUGGAGGAGUGGGCGGGGAUGAGUGCCGAGGCGGAGCGGAGGUUGGCGGCGCAGCUGGCUGGGCGGGCGGUAGGUGUUACCGAGGAGAGUAUGGAGAGUGCGGCGGAUGUCGGCCAGCGGGAGGGGGGUAGUGGUGGGAUGGAUUUGGGGAUACAUGAUGUGGAUUUGGACCGGGGGCCGAUGGAGGAGGGGGGGAGUAUGGAUGAUGAUGGGGGCGGUUCGGUUGCGAAUUGGGAGACGCCGCGGAUACCCAGGAAUAAAAAUGCGUCUAAGCCGGCUACAAAGGACUUUUGGGACGACGACUUGUACAAAAGUGUGCCGGUGGGGAUUAGAGAGUUUAUGAAGCACGAGAAGAGGCUAAAAGAGAAGCAUAUGCGUGACGGGACAGUCGGCGGAUAG